AAUUUUCAGGAAGUUUCGACCGCAUUUCAGCCCAACAAAACGCCCACGAAGCACCCACCUCCUUCACCCGUGCCUCCUCCGACACCCUGCCCUUCAGUCCCCCCAACUCCUUCCUUUCGCAUUCGAUAUCCUCUCAAGGUCAAGCCUUUCAAGGUCAAUCGUCCGACCUUGGCAACAUGAUUCAAAAGUGCAAGAACGAAUUCCGCGCCUCGGGUCUCAACGUGGACCGUCCGCCUGCCUCUUGCAAAAACGCUGACAAUGCAAGGUCAAGUCGGAGCAAGAGAGAGAGCUCGGCCUACGGAGAGAGAGAGAGUGAUUUCUUCGCCAAAGAGAUGAGUAGUGUAUCGGUGGGAGAUGGGAAGGGUUACGGUGAGAGAGGAACUGGUAUUGAGGAUGAAGCGACGGGGAACUAUGACGUCACCAAGAGCUAUGACGUCACAAAGAGCAAUGACGAGAGAAGGAGCUCUGGAGAGAGACAGAACUAUGGUGUGAUGGGAAAGGGCUCUGAUGCUUCAGGAGAAAGAAUAAGCUCGUACAAUAAGGGUAGUUCAGCUCAAGUUGAAAGAGGAAGUUCAAGGGCGCAGGCUUCAUUUCAACAGGGGGAGUAUUUUUGGAAGAAGACGAUGAGGACCCUUCAGACACAGAAUCGGAUCUGAACAACCCUAUGUUUGGCAAACAGGCUGAAGCACCCCCACCAACUAUGGCCGAAGAAAUGAUUCUGUACAAACGACAUUUGGCCACCAUAAGGAAACGAUACUUUGGUGCUCUGUGUAAAGAGAUGGAGAACGCGGAAACGAUAACCCCAGAUAUAGCGGCGGCAAUGGUGUACAGCGGCGAAUUGGGUCUCUCAAUGAAGGCAGCUCCCGAAAAAGUGUAUGACUUUCUGUACCCAGAAGCCCCUGGCAAUGAGACAAUCACUAUAGCCGACGUCAUGACCAAUCUUCCUAAAGGACUUGAUGAUAUUGUGGUACCAAUAGUGCCUCCCAUAACAAUUGAGUCGAGGAACUAUCCUGAUAUGGAAGAUCCAGCUAUGCUAGACUCGCCCAGAGUCAUUCAGAUUGGACCAGCCUUAAAUCUCAUUGAUGAACCUGAAGUGAAAGGCCUGCUAGACCCGAUCGACAUCAAGGAGCUGGUGACCGGUCACACGAGCGCCAACUACCUGGAGCUGAUGUUCCCCGAGGUGGCUGACAUGCAGCUGGAGGAGGAGGAGGAGUCCGAGGAGAAGGCACUCGAGAAGGCUCGCGAGGAGAUGUUCAACAUUGAGCUGGUUGGCUCCUUGCCACAGCACUUCUCGCAAGUUCAAAUGCGCGGCACCAUUCCGCCUAGCUGGUUCCCAGGUUACUGGACCGCCAGCCCCUCCAGGGAAGGUGUUUUCAAGAGUUCGAGACCGUCCGAGGUGAUGGAAUACAUCUGGGAAGAAAUGCAACCUGAGAGAGUCAGACCUGCUGGAGCUGCUUACAUUAUUGGAAAUUAAAAUUAUUUAUUUUUUGUUCAGUAGCCUAAUUUAUUGUCCUGUCCAAAAUAAUAAAAUGUGCUUGUCUUGGUUCAAAUUGUUUUGUACGGAUGCUUUUUGACU